CUCAACUGGAUAACAACAAAAAAAGAGUAAGUCAGAGUUGUAGAAUCACUGCUCCUUUUUCUCUGCUUGGAAGACAAAAGACUUAGAGCCGUUCCAGUUCUUUCCGUCUGGAUGAGUUCACUGACCCAGUCACCUUCUCACGUGGACACAACUUCUGCAAGUCCUCUAUUAGUGGAUACUGGCAUACCACUGACCUCUGUGAGUGUCUCCACUGUGUAAAAACAAAUAUACCUUUGACAGGAGACCUGAUCUCAGUGUAAAUAGGAUCACUUCCAAAAAAAUGGAUGCUCAGCUCGGGAAGUUGUCUCCGGUUAGAGUCACAACCAUCAACCCAGAAGUUGACCUACACCUCACCAAACCGGGAGAAGUGUCCUGUGAUGUCUGUACUGAGGGUGAGCACAAGGCCCUGAAGUCCUGUCUGGUGUGUCUGGUCUCUUACUGCGAGACUCACCUGGAGCCUCAUCAGAGAGUGGCGGCCUUGACGAGACACAAGCUGAUCGACCCUGUGGACAACCUGGAAGACCGGGUGUGUCAGAGACACAGCAGACCCCUGGAGAUGUUCUGCAGGAAAGACCUGACGUGUGUGUGUCAAAUCUGCACUGAGACAGACCACAAGACUCACAAGACUGUCCCUAUAGAGGAAGAGUGUGGAGAGAGGAAGGCUCAGCUGGAGAAGACUAAAGGGAAAGUGCAGCAGAUGAUCGAGGAACGAAAGCAGAAGAUUCAGGAGAUAAAACACUCAGGCGACCUCAGCAAGAGAGAUGCCGAGAAAGGCAUAGCAGAUAGUGUGGAGGUCUUCACUGCUCUGGUGCGGUGCAUUGAGGAAAGCCAGGCUGAGCUCAUCGAGGUGAUUGAGAAGAAGCAGAAAGCAGCAGAGAGGCAGGCUGAAGAGUUUAUCAAAGAGUUGGAGCAGGAAAUCACCGAGCUACAGAGAAAAAGAACGGAACUGCAUCAGCUGUCACACACCGAGGACCACCUCCACCUCCUUCAGAGUUCCCUCUGCAGCCUUCCACCUACCAAGAACUGGUCUGAGAUCAGUGUAAACAAGAAUCUGUGUGUGGCUCCUGUGAUGAGAGCUGUGUCUGAGCUAGGGAAGACGCUCAAGAAAGAGAUGGAGAAGUUGCCUGAAAUCAAGCUGAAGAGAAUCAGACAGUGUGCAGUAGAUGUGACUUUUGAUCCUGAUACAGCACAUCUCUGGCUUAUCGUGUCUGGUGAUGGGAAACAGGUGAGAUAUGGAGAUGGAGCACAGAACCUCCCUGACAACCCCGAGAGGUUUAACACUGGCGUCUGUGUCCUGGGAAAAGAGGGCUUCUCCUCGGGGAGAUUCUACUAUGAGGUGCAGGUAAAAGAAAAGACUGAAUGGACUUUAGGAGUGGCAAAAGAAUCCAUCAACAGGAAGGGGUCUUUUACAUUCUACCCGGGGAAUGGAUUGUGGACUGUGGGGCUUUGGGAUGGGGAGACGUACGAGGCCCACAAUAAGAAAGUUGACGUUCUGUCCCUGAAAGAGAAGCCCCAGAAGGUAGGGGUGUUCGUGGAUUAUGAGAAGGGAGAGGUCUCCUUUUACAAUGUGGAAGCCUCGUCACAUAUCUACUCUUUUACGGGCUGCACCUUCACUGAGAAAAUCUAUCCCUUUUGUUACACACAUGUAAAAAACGAGGCCCCAUUGAUCUUCUGCCCUGUAAGUCACUCUGACUGAGUUUUCACCUGAGUCACAUGACCUGAAAGGAGAACCCACAGUCAGUCACAUGAUGAAGCAUCACUAAACAUAACCAACAAUCACAACAACAAAAUAAUGACCAAAACGUAUUUUAGAGGGUUUAGAACUUUGAGAUCUGAAAGCGUGAACUGUCUACUAUCUGUGAUUAAAAAAAGAAAAAAAACUUU